GUAUUCCUACUGAUCAGGAACAAGCUGCCAUACUAAAAGCUCUUCAACAAGUUCGACUUGAAACAUUCAAGAAUCGACUUUCCAAGGGUCUUUCUGGGGGUGAAAAGCGUCGCCUCUCAAUUGCUAUUUCUUUAAUAGGUAACCCUGUUGUGGUGUUUCUUGAUGAACCAACCACAGGAUUGGAUCCAGAAGUUAGAAGAUUGAUUUGGAACAUUAUUAAUGAUGCAAAAAAAGGUAGAACUAUUGUAUUAACCACACAUAGUAUGGAAGAGGCUGAAGUUUUAUGUAAUAGAAUUGGAAUUAUGGCAAAAGGAACUUUAAGAUGCUUAGGACCACAAUUGAGAUUGAAAGAGAUUUACGGAAGAGGUUUCAAGUUGAGUUUUUCAUGUAAAGCUAAAAAUUUUGAUGUUGCUACAGAGUUUAUUGAAUCAUUAUUACCUGCAAAUGCCAAAAAAUUAGAUUCAUUUGUUACAAAUGUGUCAUAUGAAUUUGAAACUGAAAAUGGGUUAAUUGCUAAAUUAUUUAGAGAAAUUGAAGCUCAUAAAAAUGAAUAUGGAAUAGAUGAUUGGGGAUUAAGUCAAACUACUUUGGAAGAAGUCUUUUUAAAAAUUAUUGGUGAGGCAGAUGCUGAAGCCUGA